AUGUUCGGUCAACCGAAGGAAAAUGUAGGAACUUGGGAAGGAAAGCAUGCCGAUGAAAUCCUUAUUUUCACUCACAAAGAUUGUGAACCUCGUGCAAAGGUGGCCGCUUUUGAUAUGGAUGGUACAUUAAUCACGACGAAGUCUGGUAAGGUAUUUCCCGUGGACAAUUCCGACUGGAGGAUAAUUUAUGACAAGGUUGCGCCACAUUUGAAGAAACUACAUAACGAAGAAAACUUCAAGAUUGUCAUCUUCACAAAUCAGAAAGGCAUUAAGGUGGGCAAGGUAGAUAAAAAUGGUUUCAAACGCAAAGUGGAAGCUAUAGUUGCGAAGCUAGGAGUUCCAGCUCAGGCAUUUGUCGCGCUCGGCGAAGGACAUUAUCGAAAACCUUGUACCGGCAUGUGGAAGGAGUUGGAGGAAGCGAAUGGUGAUAUUGCUAUCGAUGUUGCCAAGUCGUUGUAUGUGGGAGAUGCAGCUGGUAGACAUAAAACCAAGACUCGCCCUAAAAAGGAUCACUCGUGCGCCGACAGGUUCUUUGCCGCGAACGUUGGCCUCAAGUUCCAGACUCCGGAAGAGUUUUUCCUUGACCAAAGUACACCUGAGCCAUGGGGACCACCUUCCUUUGAUCCGACUGAGUUUUUCAGUAUGAAAAAACCUCUCCUAGAACCAGAAGACACUCCUCUACCAUCAGCUACAAAAGAGGUGCUUGUGAUCGUUGGUUUUCCGGGAUCAGGAAAGUCGACGUUUGCACGAAAACUUGAGUCUGAGCAUAAUUACAUGGUAGUGAAUCGUGACACUCUCGGUACUUGGCAAAAGUGUUGCGAAUACGCUCGUGCCCAUCUGAAAUCUGGUAAGAGCGUUGUGGUAGACAAUACCAAUCCUAACAAGGAGUCAAGGAGCCGCUACAUAGCAUUAGCACGGGAAAUGAAGGUGCCAUGCCGAUGCUUUGUUCUAACAUGUGAUAUCCACCAAGCUGAACAUAAUGUGAAAUUCCGUCUCCUGACGCAAAAGUCAAGCAAUGAAGUCACAACAAUGGUUCUUCGCAUGUAUGCGAAUAAAUACGAGAAGCCGGAGCUCUCAGAAGGAUUUGACUCAGUGGCUCAUGUGAAUUUUGUGCCCAACUUUGACAACGAAGAGCACGAGAAGCUGUAUAAACAGUUCCUGACAGAAAAAUGA